GCCCUAGGAAGGAGCAGGCGCGCCGGUGCCUAAGGGUGCGGGACACCCGGGCCAUGGCAGAGGAGCGGGCUGGGGAUGAGUUGGCUCCCAACCCGUCCGUGCUGUUUCUGCACCCAGACCUGGGCGUGGGCGGCGCCGAGCGGCUGGUGCUGGACGCGGCGCUGGCACUGCAGGCGCGCGGAUGUAGCGUGACGAUCUGGACGGCGCACUACGACCCGGGCCACUGCUUCGCCGAGAGUCGCGAACUGCCGGUCCGCUGCGCCGGGGACUGGCUGCCGCGCAGCCUGGGCUGGGGCGGCCGCGGCGCCGCGGUCUGUGCCUACGUGCGCAUGAUCUUCCUGGCGCUCUACGUGCUGUUCCUCGGCGACGAGGUGUUCGACGUGGUCGUGUGCGACCAGGUGUCUGCCUGUAUCCCAGUGUUCAAGCUGGCCAGACGGCGUAAGAAGAUCUUGUUUUAUUGUCACUUCCCUGAUCUGCUUCUUACCAAGAGGGAUUCUUUUCUUAAACGUCUAUACAGGGCCCCGAUUGACUGGGUAGAAGAAUACACCACAGGUAUGGCUGACUGCAUCUUGGUCAACAGUCAGUUCACAGCUGCCAUAUUUAAGAAAACGUUUAAGUCCCUGUCUCACAGAGACCCCGAUGUCCUCUACCCAUCUCUGAAUGUUACCAGCUUUGACUCAGCCGUCCCUGAAAAGCUUGAUGAUCUAGUCCCCGAGGGAAAAAAAUUCCUGUUCCUCUCCAUCAACAGAUACGAAAGGAAGAAAAACCUGCCUUUGGCGCUGGAAGCCCUAGUAAAGCUGCGUGGAAGACUGACAUCCCAAGACUGGGACAGGGUUCAUCUGAUUAUGGCUGGUGGUUAUGACGAGAGAGUCCUGGAGAAUGUGGAACACUAUCAGGAACUGAAGAAAAUGGCCCAGCAGUUUGACCUUGACCAGUCUGUGACCUUCCUGCGGUCUUUCUCGGACAAACAGAAAAUCUCCCUCCUCCACGGCUGCACAUGUGUGAUUUACACACCAAGCAAUGAACACUUUGGCAUUGUCCCUGUGGAGGCCAUGUACAUGCAGUGCCCAGUCGUUGCUGUUAAUUCAGGUGGGCCCUUGGAGUCCAUUGUCCACAGUGUCACAGGGUUUCUGUGUGAGCCUGACCCCGUGCAAUUCUCAGAAGCAAUAGAAAAGUUCAUCCAUGAACCUUCCUUAAAAGUCACAAUGGGACUGGCUGGCAGAGCCAGGGUGAAGGAAAAGUUUUCCUCUGAAGCAUUUACAGAACAGCUCUACCAAUAUGUCACCAAACUGCUGGUAUAAUCGGAUAUAUUAAAGGUCUUUUUGCUACAUUCAUUAUUAUAUAGAAUGUAGAUCCAGUUUUGGAACCAUAAAAGAAACCUAGAAUCUAGUGCCGAAGAGUUGUUUUUUGAACACAUUUGAUUUUUUAAUCUGAGCCAUCUUCCUAUACACCACACCUUCCUGUUUCAUAAACCAAUCUUUUAUGCUAUAAUAAUUCUGUCUUAUCAGUGUUAAUUAAAAUGUGAUACGAUUCCAUGUGUUAAUUAUAUUUUCUCUAGAUUAUUGCUGCUCUGAGUAUAAAUUUUGAGUCAUAUUGUGCCUUAAUUAUUUUUGACAGUUUGUGUGUCAUCGUCAAAGUUGAAGAAUUUGGCUUCAUACAUAUUGAGAACAGGGUCACUGUAGUUCCCAGAAUCAGUGCACCUGUUCCCUGUCCUCUUGGGAAAUGUUGGUUAGCCAUAACUUUGCCUGGUCCCAUAGCAAGGAUGCUCUGUAUGUUUUGUACAAAACAUAUUCUUGCACACUGAGACAAGUCAAUAAAAGAUGUUUAUCAUAGGAAAA